AUGCUCGGCUUGGGUCUUCAACUCAUAUUCCUUCUAUCUUUGACACAAUGCACCACAGUAUAUUCCCUACCGCAAGGAAAUUCAGGGAAUUUAAAACCAGAGCCGCCGAACCCCGCAAGCCUCGCCAGCGAACUACUGAGUGCCGCCAGCGUUUUCCAGGCUUCAACCGCGGCGAAUGGAGGCGGUAGUACCGCUACUGGGCAGGCCACAGCCACGGCGUCGUCGGUGGGCUCGGGGACCGGGGAGUCGACUGCAACUCAAAGUUCUGGUGCUUCGACAGGACAAGCGACUGCCACAGGCACUGCUGCCGCUGGUAACACGGUAUCCGUAAGUGGCACAGGUACUCAAGCAUCCAGUGGAAGCACCGCUUCUGUGACUGGUACCACUUCCAAUCCUCAGGGAACGGCAGGUACAGAUCCAGGGCCAUCCGCCACAGACGGCCAAGGCACAACAAGCGCAAGUACCUCAGCUUCACCAGCAAACACAUCAGGCGGCGGCUCGUCUCCUGAUUCAACUUCGGGUAGUGGUGGUGGUACAAAUGGUGAUGGUUCCGAUGGUGGAAGUGGUUCAGUUUCAGGAGCCGACACUCAGAACAAAGGCUCCAGCUCCAAUGGACUUUCCAGAGGCGAGCUCGCCGCCGUCAUCCUACUCCCAAUUCUGGCAUUACUUGCACUCCUUUUCCUCCUGUUUCGAUUCUUCCGCCCUCUACGAGAGCGCUUCAGCGCCUGGCGACAAGAACGCAACGAGCGAGGCGCCUAUAGGCGCGCUCUCGACGACCCAGUUGGAGUAUUCGCCAUCAAACAUCGCCGGCGCUCAACCGGUCUAAGUCUGCCGGAUAUGCAGUCCAUCAUGCGACCACUAUCUUUCGGCUUCACCCAGCCUAAACCACAGACUAUCAAACGGAAACCGCUGAAUUGGGACGCCAAUCAUAUUGGCACAAAUGGUUUCAGCUCGAUAGGCAUGGCGGUUCCUAGCGCAACAGAGAGAGAUGAAGGCGAAGGUGGGGGUGAUGGACAUCGAAGAAACGAGUCCGAAAUCUCUGCUGUUACUGGCGCCACAGGUGGUGCCGCCGCUGCUGGGCGAGCGAGGACUGACAGUAAUGCGUCCUCCAUCAGCUCCAUCUCAUCAUCCUCAGACGAGGAAAGCACCGGCUUCGUCGACGCAAGGACAUCCCAACGAGCCAGUCAACUUACUUCUUGA